AUGGGCGGGGGUGUCUGGGAAUGUAAACCUGCGGCUGGCUAACUACGCUUCCGCCUGGGGUGUUCAGAAAGAAAUAACAAUUUCAUGAUGUAAUUGUUUGCAAAAAAAAUAAAAUAACUUCUUUAUUUUAUCGUGGAGUUUGACUCUUCGUUGACCUUAUAACUAAACAUACAAAGUAAUUUCAUUACUUGUUGAAUAAAAAGGUGGUAAGUCUACGUUGUCCUGCAAACCUGCGUUGUGUACCAUCUGUUUUUUGUGCCGGUAAACCUUUUUUUAAAUCGUAGAGUAAACAGAGGUAGCAUCAUGGAAUUUCUUACUUUGUUCUUCAUUUACGUGUUAUCUAUUUUGACGUGCCUUGCCCUAGUCUGCAAAUACUCAGGAAAAGGACAAUUUCCUCUUGAAAAACUGUUCGUGUAUCUAACCAAUGUCAUUUCUCAUUUGGUUCCUGAAAGGCUACAAACAGUUUCCAAUCAAAUUCUCCACAGGCUGUUUCAUAAACGGAACUCUUUUUUCCUCACUCUGCACUUCCUACUAGAAGCAGCUGUGUAUGGCGAGUUUACCUAUGAGAUUUUUGGUUACUGCCAAGAAAUUGGAUUCAGUUUACCAAGUCUUAUUGUGCCCUAUGUGUUGUUAACAGUGAAAAUGUACUUCUUCUCUCAGUGCUGCACCAAAGACCCAGGCACUAUUACCAAGCUGAAUAAUGAGGUGUUCCUGGGAGUGUACCCAUAUGACCAAGUGAUGUUUUAUCAGGGUGUUUUGUGCCCGACUUGCGUCUUGGUAAAGCCAGCCCGCUCAAAGCACUGCCGAGUUUGCAACGUAUGCGUCCACCGAUUUGAUCAUCACUGCGUUUGGGUAAACAACUGCAUCGGAGCCUUCAACACCAAAUACUUCCUGCUGUACCUGAUGACUCUGUCAGCCAUGGCAGCCGAUAUCGCUGUCCUAACAAUCGGGCUCCUCCUCCACUUAGUCCUCCAAUCUAAUCUGAUGAGCGCAGCCUACGUUGAUGAGGAAGGGCACCAGCAGCCUGUUGGGCUCUUCUUUGUUAUACAGUACCUGUUCCUGACUUUCCCACGAAUAGUCUUCAUGCUGGGGUUUUUGAUGUUCCUCUUCCUCUUGCUGCUGGGAUACUCAUUUUUCCAUCUGUACCUCGCUGUCACCAACCAGACAGCUAACGAGUGGUACAAGAGAAAGAGUCAUGGCUGCCAGCACUGCAAUCCUUCACCGCUGCAGCAGCAGAGCCACACUUCACUUCACAACUUCUACUCUAGGGGAACCUUCAGAAACUUAAAAGAAAUCUUGAAACCCAUUACAAAAAACGAGAAGAAAGGAAGAUGAGUAUUAUAGGUGACAAUUUAAAGUUAAGGCCUAGCCAAAGUGUCUACUUAGGAAUUCAUUGAUUUUGAGUUGAACUGUUCAAACUCACCUGUUUUUACUAUUUGUAUGGAGAAGUAUAUAUGCAUGUAAAUUUAAAAUUAAAAUAGGGAAUUUACAGCUUUAUCAUCAAGGUUGGUGAAAAUAUAUCCUUUACAGUUUCCUUUGCAGUAUAUUUUGUAAGCAAAUAAACCUUUUUAAUUUUGUUUUUCAGUUUGUGACCUCUUCCUCAACUUAAGAUAAAUGCCACCUGGAUUUA